GCACGUGAACACGCCGUAGUGUUUCCCGCUGGACUUGUCGCCGCACACCACGCAGUCCAGCACGCAGGCCUUGUCCUCAUCGGCGACGUCCACAUCGCUGCUUCCGGCGUGGGGCGAAGCCUCCUCCUCCUCCCGCCGCAGGAAUGUCACCGGAACGGAGAAAAGGUUUUCCCUUCCUCGCCAUCGUCUUUGCCUAAGAGGAGCAACUCCCAUCAAAAGUAAAGCUGUCACAACACGGUGCACUUGGACGGAGAACAUAAGGUAUCAGCUCAGUGGAGAUCAGUGGAGAAGAAGUGACUACAGAGCUGUGACAGCCGGUGUAUCCAUGGAGACGCCCGAGCCUGGCCCUGCGGAUGGUGAGCAGCGUCUGGUGGAGCUGAGACCACGAACCCGCUCCAACCCCGAAGGUGCGGAAGACCGUCGGAGCAGCACAGGUAGCCUCGGAGGAGGAGGGAAUCCCACUUUAGCGCAACCUGCCGUGGGGAGUCGUGUCGAAGGGGAGGGCGAGGCCUCGACCAGCGACACUCCUCCGACUUCCACCACUACGAUCAUCUCCACGGCUGUGGCUCAGACCGUCACCCCUGUUGCCGCCGCCACCUCCGUCCAACAUGCUUUGGGAGCUGCGUGCAAGGAUCGGCCCAAGGCCACUCCACAACAGCCCACAAUGACAACCGCUGUCCCCCCACCAGCAGAAUACCAAAUCCGAGUUCCUCGUGUCAACUGUCCAGAGAAAGUGAUCAUCUGCCUGGACCUCUCUGAAGAGAUGUGUUUACCCAAGCUGGAGUCUUUUAAUGGCUCUAAAACAAACGCCCUGAACAUCUCCCAGAAGAUGAUCGAGAUGUUUGUCAGAACGAAGCACAAGAUUGACAAGCGGCACGAGUUUGCUUUGGUGGUGGUUAAUGAUGAUGCUCUCUGGCUCUCAGGCUUCACUUCAGACCCUCGAGAACUAUGCAGCUGUCUAUAUGACCUGGACACCAACGUGUGCGAGCCUUUCAACCUGGAAGAUCUUCUCAGUGUCAUUCGUCAGAAGAUCGAGCUGCCGUCAAUGGAGAACGUUCAGACCGUGCCGCCUCCGUACGUGGUGCGGACCGUACUAAUUUACAGCCGCCAUGCCGGACAGCUUCAGCUCAACCCCUCUGAAGCGGUCAGCAAAAUGCUACAAUCUCCCUAUUUUUUCUUUGACGUGGUCUACCUCCACAAUGGUGCCGAAGAGCACGGCGAGGAUACAAGCUGGCGGGACGACUACACGUCUUUCUGCAACCUGGACUCAAAGGACAUGUGCUAUCGCUUCGAGGUUCCCUUGAGCGGCCCCGCCAUCGAGCUGCACAAUUGCAUGGCCAAACUUCUCGCUCACCCUCUGCAGAGGCCUUUCCAGAGCCACGCGUCCUACAGCCUCCUGGAGGGAGAUGAGGCGCAGGAUAUCGAGGCCACCGUCUAGAAGAAAUCAAAUACAGUAUACUCUGCUCUGCUCUUGAAUUAAAUUCUUGCCUUGUA